AUGAGGCCAACCAUUCUCGUCGUGCUCGCCUGCUGUACCCAUGUACUCGGGACCUAUGCCCUACCGCUGCGGAACCACGGACGCCUCGCGCGCGCGUACACUGUAGAAGAUCGACGGGACUUCUCUGGGCUGCUGGGAGGGCUAGGCGGAGGAGAUGCGGAUGCCCCUACGGACGAGAAGACGGCCCAAGGCACCUCGGACGCUCGGCCCUUUGCGACGACCGCUCACGGCGACAGUACCUCGGUCGCCUCACUUGAACUUCUUCCUGGGCUGUUCUCCACUGGCUCUGAGACAUCCAAGGCGAAGGACACGACAUCAACUACGUCUAGCUCUGCGACUGCCACCCCCGAGUCCCGUCUCGCGUCGACCACUCAGGCUCAGCCCGCUGCUUCACUCACAGGCUCUACGGUGACUGCAACUUCUCAGGCCCAAAGUACAAAGCAAGACCACCCAGUGGGUAACAACGCCAUCUCGUCGGACUCCUCAUGGAAGAUCAUCGGCGUCGCCGUCAUCUCUUUCACCGCCGUCGUCGUCAUCCUCGUCGCUGCGGUCUUCUUCGAUACCUGGUGGCACUUCCUACGCGAUCUCUUCUGGAAGCGGCGCAAGUCGGACGGCCUCGAGGAGCUGGUGCCCGACUGGCAGAAGGCUAGCUGGGAGGUGCGCAUCGGCGACGACCGCCAUCGGUACCCAUCGUUUGGCUCGCUUCCGAACUCGCCUAUCCUCCGCGGAGACCCUCUACAACGCCAGCGGUCGCUCAGAGUGCAAGAAUGGCAGAAGGAUGACAUGGGCUCGAGUACGACGUCUCUCGGUGCGGGACUCACUCCGGCGGAGAGACUCGCGCAGUACCCCACCAUUCCUCCGAGUACCUAUGUCAGUCCUGACCCAAGACCAAGCCCCGGUAGCGCGGAUCCUUUCAUGGACAAGAACACCUCGCCGACUCCUACGCUCGUGCACAACGGACCUGACGAUAGCAAGAGUCCCUUCCACGACACACACACGUCCCCUCAGACGGAAAUCUACGGCGGCAUCAACGAGAAGUAG